GGGUGUGCAGCAGACAGUGGGGAGUCAGCAUAUACUGCUCAGAUAUGGACGGCUGCCCGGCUUCACUGUUCGUCAUCGCGUUAUUUCCAGCGUCCUCCUGCGUAUGCAUGCAUGCGAGCGACGGGCUGAUUUCAUAACGUGGGGAGGAAGAGAGGAAUGGGGCUUUGAGAGCGGAGGAGCAGCAGUCCCGGUAGGCUCUGUGCACCAACACUGCUCUGUGUAUUCCCGGGCCAUGCACGCGGCGCACUGAGGAGAUGCGGUAGUGGAGGCUGCUGAUGCUGCUGUCCGAUCGGCUCUUCUUUUUCUCUCGAGCAUCAUCGCCGUGACGGCCACACACACCGAGAUCCAGCUCCGGAGCCAGGGACACCGCAGAGCGGACAACACAGGAUGGAGUUCAAGCACCUGGUGGAGGCGGCGGAGAAGUGGUGCUCCGGUAACCCAUUCGACCUCAUCUUCGCCGAGGAGGACGACGAGAGGCGGCUGGACUUUUACGCAGAGCCCGGCGUCUCUUUCUACGUGCUGUGUCCCGGCGGCACUGACACUUUCCAUGUGUGGAGUGAGAGUGAGGACUGCCUUCCCUUCCUACAGCUGGCCCAGGACUACAUCUCCUCCUGCGGGAAGAAGACUCUGCUGGAGGUGCUGGAGAAGGUCUUCACAUCUUUUAGGCCUCUGCUGGGUCUGCCAGACAUAGAUGACGUCAGUUUCGAGCAUUACCACGCUGACAUGGAGGGGGAGCCGGGGCCAGACCACCAGCAGAUGGGGGUCAGCCAGCAGUGAUGAGCCCCAAGAUGAGGCCUGCAGCCGGGGCAGAGCUGCUUGGAAGCUCUGGAUCUCAACUCAUUAGCCCAAACACUUAAUGACACACUCUUAUCCAAACACACAUAAACACACACACACACACUUACGGCCAACUCGCUAAAAACGCACCACCAUGUUCUUGAAUGUCUCAGUGGCUUUGCUUUCCAAAGAGUGCACUCUGUUGCGCUGUGUUGACCCCCCAACCAAACACACAUACACACACACACACACAUUGGGGCUAUGUGAGCAGUUGCCAUGUCCAAUGCAAGUACCAUAAUCAUUCACCAUCUCGUUAGUUAAAGUUCCACAGCACAGCAAUAUUACAUCAGCCCCAGCUGGCUUUGUUAUGCAGAAAUACAGUCAGAUGUUACCGCAAUACACACAUUUCCCCCCGUGGCGUUGGAGAUGAAUGUGACAGAUAACCUCCUUCUCCGCCUGUCUGUUGACAUAGACGGGAGCCAGCUGAGAGACCGAUGGGUGAAAAGUGACGGUUUGUGGCUGCGUGAGGAGUGACGCAGGUAUAGUUUUCCACUUUAUGGAGAGAGAGGAGAAGCGAAUGGAGGCAUGUAGGGCUGUGACAUAGAUACAGACGGGGCAGCUCUCAAACUAUCCGGUUUUUAACACACUUAAAAUAGUCAUACAGGUUACACACUGUCAAAUCUAACAAGUGAAUUUUAAGAAACCGAUUGCCUUGAAAAAAUGUAAGUAAAUAGAACUAUUAUUCUAGAAUUAUUAGUUUAGUUAUAUUUACUUAAUUUUGUGAAGUUGUUGCAACUUAAAAAUGACAAGUUUAAUACAAUGAAUCUUUCUAAGUUUUAGCAACAUCAGGAAACUACGUUUACUUUGCUAUAUAUCUGUAGACUAUACAGUCUUUAAGUUGUGAUUAAAUGUCCUUUCAAAAUACUAUUUCCAGGUCUAAACCUCGUAUUGUUUAUAAUGCCACAGUGCUGUGCUCCUCGUUGUUUAUACAGAUCUGAAUCCAAAAAAACCCCCAAAAUACGGAACUGUCAUUUUACAGCUUUCCUAUCAAUUAGAAAGAGAGGAGGAAAUGACUGCAGCUGAUGAGGUGAGUUAUAAUUCUUAAACAUUCACUCAUUGGCCGUAAGCACUUAUCCUGUUAAGGGCUGCAUAGGGGCUGGAGCUUAUCCCAGCUGUCAUUGGGCGAGAGGGGGCGUACAUCCUGGACAGGUUGCCAGACUAUCGCAGAGACAGACAACCAUCCACACUCACAUUCACACCUGCGGACAAUUUAGAGUUACCAAUUAAUCUGCAAGUCUUUGUAAUGUGGGAGGAAAACAGAGAACCUGGAGAAAACCCACACUGACACGAGGAGAACAUGCAAACUCGCACAGAAAGGCCCCGCCCCAUCCAAGGUCCGCACCUCGCCACAACCUGAGUUCGAAUCAGGUACCCUCUUGCUACCCUCAGGGCUAACCACCACACCACCGUGCUGACCCCCAAUACUUAAACUAAUGAAGAAAACUAAAGUUUUAGAGCUAGUGCUAACUUUAGCUAACAUCAACUGCUAACUGCGAAUGCUAACUGUUACCUCUUCACGUUAACAGAAAUCACUCGCAAAUACCAAACCCUGACCUUGCGGAUAUGCCCAAUAAAAGCUAGUGGCUUUAUACUGUUUUUUUGUCCUAACCAAGUAAGAGGUCUUCAAGAGAUGUCUUCAGCCGGUUUACCUUACCUGUUAUUGAUCAUUCAUGAUAUCACAGCUUCCCUAACUUCACCAAAACUCCAAAACACGACUGAUACAUGGUAGUUUCAUUUUGAUUUCAGGUUAAAAUUGAAGCAUUCCU